AUUCAGAUUAGGGAGAAAAAGAGGAACGAUUAUCCUCUUUUUUCUCUUAUCAUCCUAAAUCUCUCCCCUAACUCUAUCUUCAUCUCCUUGAUUUGGGAUUUUUAAUCCAUGAUCAGGAAGCUUUGCCCUAAUCUCGAUAACGAAGAUGGCCUCGAGACCGUCUUGGAAGUUCCGAUUCCGGAGGAGAUGUUCACCAAGAUGGGUAGCAAUGCGGCGUUGCGCUGGCAGAACAUGCGUGCCCUCAUGAGGGCUCAAUCCGCUUUUGACAAGGCAUCCACCCUUCUCCAGGCUAAGUCCGGCGGUGAAUUCUUCGCUUUGCUCAAGCUUGUUGGCGCUCCCCUUAUCCCUUUUCAGGUUCAUAGUCUCGCAAGUUCCGAACAUACCAUCACCGGUGCCCUCAGGGAUUCCCCUAUCGAAGUUUGUACAGCAAAAUAUAUAGUCCAGCAAUAUCUGGCGGCGACUGGAGGAUUGGCGGCGUUGAAUUCGAUGACCAGUAUGUAUGCGGUGGGGCAGGUGAAGAUGAUUGGAUCGGAGAUGCUUCAAGGCGAUGAUACCGUGCAAACCAAGGGGAAUUGUGAGGUGGGUGGUUUCGUGCUGUGGCAGAAGAAUCCGGACAUCUGGUAUCUGGAGCUCGUAGUUUCAGGUUUCAAGAUCAAUGCAGGGAGUGAUGGUAAGGUCGCAUGGAAUCAGUCCUCAACUCAACCUGGAAACGCCACUAGAGGCCCUCCUCGCCCUUUACGCCGAUUCUUCCAGGGAUUGGAUCCAAGGUACACAGCAAGCUUAUUCUUAGACGCAGUAUGCAUUGGGGAGAAGACAAUCGGCAGCGAAGACUGUUUCAUACUCAAGGUGGAGACAGGCGAAGAAACCCUGAAAGCACAGAGCUCACCCAACACAGAAAUCGUCCACCACACCAUAUGGGGUUACUUCAGCCAGAGAACGGGACUUCUGAUCAAAUUCGAGGACACAAAGCUGGUAAAGAUGAAACCCGUCAAGGGAAACGACAGCAUUUAUUGGGAGACCACCAUGGAGUCGGUGAUCGGAGAUUACCGAUACGUCGAGGGCAUCAACAUAGCGCACGGUGGGAAGACGACGGCGACGCUGUAUAGGUACGGGCAGGCGUAUAAUCACAAGAGGAAAAUCGAAGAGACGUGGAGGAUUGAAGAGGUGGAUUUCAACAUCUGUGGGCUGUCGAUGGAACAAUUCCUGCCGCCGGCUGACCUCAAGAGAGAACAAGAAGGUGGAGAACAAAGCUAGGGAUUGUGUAGAAAAAGAAAAAAAAAAAAAAUUAAAUCUGUACAGAUAGG